CGAAAAUCCGAAUGGUACACCGAAAUUAAGAAUGCAGUGAUCACUGAGACGGCAAUCCGACUGCUGCAGAUAAAGUGGAUGCACUCCCAGGAACUAAUUAAAAGGGACACUGGGAUGGUAUUGAAAAUUAUUGGACAGAGAAAAAUCCAGGACGAUGAGUGUUUUCUCCGGCUUUGGGACUACAUUCUGAGACAGCAUUUUCUGACGGGUGCCAUAGCAGUGUUCAAUUUGCUUCAAUGAGGAGCGAUUUUUGUACUGAAAAGUAAUGAGAUUGUACAUAUAUAACUGUCUGACGUCAAAA